UUCCAGAGGGCGUCAGUUCGAAGCGGAGCGGUUCUGCCGUUGUUUCCUGCUCGCCGCUCCGCUACGGGCCGUCCCGUCCCGUCCCCUUCCUUCCGUGGAAGGGAGGGCGCGGUGCUGUCGGUGCCGCCGCCGCCGCCUUGCCAUCUUAAAGCGCCCUUCUCCGCCCGGCUGUCUCCAUCUAGCGCUCCAGAGGCUUUGCUGAGAUGAAGUGGUUGCUUCUUGAAUAGCGCCUGAUGAUUUUUUCCGAGAACCUCAAGAAUGACAUCAAAGAAGUGGGGAUUCAAGUCUGGUGAUUCCAAAUCUGAAACAGAAUUGCAGGUGUAUAAGAAAGAAAAUGCAGCUUUGAAAAAGUCUUUGGAAGAAAUCAUUAAGGAGAAGAGAAAAAUGACACCCGAAGAAAGGAAGAGGCUUUUGGAGAAAAUACUUGCCCUUGAAACAGAAAUAGAAGAAUAUAAAAAUAAACUUGGAGUGAAAGAUCAAGAAAUCCAGGUCCUGAAAGAUGAGUUAAGAGGUGGAAGCAAAAGUACGGAUGCUGCUUCUCUACGAGGUCAGCUAGAAGAGAAAACAAAAGAAGUGGCUAAGCGGGAACAGCUACUAAAUUCGCUCUCGGAAGAGGUAGAAUGGCAGAAAAAUCACAUAUCUGCAGUUUCUGCAAGAUGUACAGAUCUUGAAAGCAGAGCCAGUAAUGUCCAGCUCGCCCAGGAAAAGGCUGUGCACUGUGCUGGAAUGCCAGUCAACAUACAUGAAAUUGAAAUUCAACUGAAAGAUGCUUUAGAGAAAAACCAGCAGUGGAUAAUAUAUGACCAGCAACGGGAAGCUUAUGUUCAGAGUGUCUUAGCAAGAAUUUUUGACCUGGAACAGCAGCUAAAAACUGUGAUCCAAGAGCAAGCAAAAGAAGCUAGGACAGCAGGAGACAAGCAGAGAUACUACGAACAGAUGUUGGCCACAGCUGAAAGAAAUCUGGAAGCUGAAAGGCGAAUAGUCUCCCAGCUACAUGCUGACCUUAACGAACUGCAAAGGAAGUAUGAUGAAAUUAAGCAAGAGGCCUUGAAUGCAGAAGGCCUCUUCAAGCUGCAGAAGCAAACUGACAUUAAGGCUCUUCAGGAUGAAAACCACCUCAAAGGGCAGCUCUUGCAAAGAGUUACACAUGAACAUGAAGCGACCAGGAAAAAGCUGGAUGAAGAAAGGAAGCGUGCACAUACCCUCUCAAUUCAGGUUGAAGUGCUCCACAAGUCUUUGAUAAAACAGCAAGAAGAACAGACAAGAAUAGCAGCUUUGGAACAGCAGAUCCAGUCAUGCACAUCAGACUUUGAGAAUGAAAAACUAGAUCGCCAGAACCUGCAAAUCCAGUUGAACAAAGUCCUUAAGGAACUGCGGAAGGCAAGAGACCAAAUUACUCGUCUUGAGCCCUCAUUUUUUUUCCAGAAGCUUCCAGAACGUGGUGGAUGUUUAGAAGUCUUAGACAACUUCCAGGCUGCUUUUGAAGACAAGUUGAUGAUACAAGACAAACGUUCUUCACCAAAACGUAUAAGCCUUCUGGAUGAAAGUUUCCUAGAGUGUCCAAAAUGUAAAACCCAAUAUCCUACAAGCCAGCAUAGGGAAUUAUUAUCUCAUGUUGAUUUCUGUACUGUUUAAGUCCUAGAGUAAGCCUGUAGCUCUGUCUCAAUACACCCAUGCAAUUUAACAGAAAAUAAUAACUUUUUAAAAACAACUCAUGAAGAUGCUAAAGGACUACAGUUCAUAUUUCAACCAAAACAUUUGAGCUAUAAUUUAAUUAUCAUGAAGGACCAGGCAGUAAACAACUUUGUGCAUGGUAUCUUCAGUUCUGAACUACUGAUUGUAUUUGCACUUUUGGGCAAGAAAGUUGUCUUAUUUUCUGUAGGCUAAUGCAUCAUGCAAAUGUUCAAUUACCGCUGUUUUUACUUUACUGGAUUAACAUAUGAUUCUUUGCCUUGCCUCCAGAAAUGCAUUUUGACAUUUCAGCUUACCGAGGCCCUCUAACAUUUGCAAAAAAGGAAAUUCUUUUUAAUAGCCAAUGAGCUGUGAACAUGUAGGCCACAUGAAGGAAUGCAUGGAGACAGUUGGAUGUAAUAGGAAAACAAAUAUCACGUAGCCCAACUUCUAAUUUCCACUGAACUCUUCUUUGCAGAAAGAAAGCAAGUCCCAAAUUCAAAACAUCAGAGUGUGUCUUGACCAUUGCAUCUAUUUUGUUUAAGAUAUGCUCUCAUUUGCACUUGUUAUCCCUGAGCUGAAAGCUCAGGGAUAUAACUUAUCAGGGAACCUGUAUAAGCAAAUGCUUUUAAUAAAAUGGAAUUCGGCUAUGCCACCAA